AUGGAAAAGUAUCAGCUGCUGGAAGUCAUAGGAGAGGGGUAAUUUCAAUUCAGAACAUAUGGAACAGUCUAUAAGGCAAAGCAUAAAGACUCAAACUCAUUUUUCGCAAUAAAAAAGUUCAAGGAUAAUGAAGAAAAUGAAAGCGUCAGAAAAACAGCGAUGCGAGAAAUUAAUAUGCUAAAACUUUUAAAGCAUGAGAAUGUAGUAAACUUAUUUGAAGUAAUCAGAAAAAAUAAGAAAAUUUAUCUGGUUUUUGAGUACGUUGAAAGAACUGUUUUAAAUGACUUGGAAAAUUUUCCACAAGGAAUCUCCCCGCUGCAAGUUAAAAAAAUUUUGUAUCAGUUAUUGAGAGCGAUAAAAUUUUGUCAUGAUAAUAAUGUAAGAGAAACAUAGAUAGUUCAUAGAGAUAUAAAACCAGAAAACCUUUUGAUUUCACAGACAGGAAUUUUGAAAUUAUGCGAUUUUGGAUUUGCGAGAGGUUUGAAUUCUUUGAGUGGGCAGUAUACAGAUUAUGUGUCUACAAGGUGAUACAGAGCUCCAGAACUCUUAUUCCCCUCCGUGAGCGAACAAAAACAUUGGAAAAAUCUCUAUUUCUUGGGUAAAAACCAAUUCUCUGUCAGCUAACAAAAAAAUUUAUGAAAAAUUAUUUGAUAUAUAAAAUAAUGAAAUAUCUAGUUAAUUCUGUCAAUUUUAAACAUUAGCAUUUUAAAAACAUCUUAAAUUAAUUUUCUUUUUUCCAUUUUUGAGAAUUGGGAUUUUGAAAAAAAAUUGCAAUGAAACUUAUAUAUAGAUUUUUUUAAAAAAAGACAAUAUUUCCCUAUCCGUGAGCAAUCAAGAUUUUAGUUUGCUCACAGAUAGGAUUUAGUAGGUGAUACUGAAUAUGGAAAGCCAGUAGAUAUAUGAGCGAUUGGGUGUAUCUUAGCUGAGCUUUUAGCUGGUCUUCCUUUAUUCCUGGGAGAAAUAAAAUGCUAAUGUUGACGAAAAUUGGACUCCGAGUUGCACUCCCUAUAGAGCAGGUUGGAUCCAUCUUGGUGAAGCUGAAAGCAGGACCUCUGUCUCUUUUUAAGUAGGUAUUCGGGCCUGGGGAUGCCUUGCCGAAGAGUGAAGUUUUAUUUCUCGCUAGAAUGCUUUCCUGCACCUGCAAGAUGGGUUAGACAAAUUUAGCCUAACGCAUGUUUUUCCCUUGUUGGACCAUCUGAACAUUUACUGACAGCUCUGUCAUAGGGAGCUGAUCCCUUGGGCAGUUGCUACAAACCAGAAACCCAAAUUGGCAACCAUACCUUUCCCUAUUUCGUCUCUCAGAACGUUGGAGGAGGCUAUUUUGGAGCCGAGAUGAGCAAAGGCUAAUAGGCUUGCCCACUAUGGCCAGUUUAAUCGUUUAAGUUUAUUCCCAGGAGAUUCUGAUAUAGAUACCUUAUCGCUUAUAAUGAAAAUUUUUGGUGACAGUCUAUCACAUAAACAGAUAAAUGCUUUUAAGCAUAAUCCUAUGUACUUUGGCUCAGAGGUACUUAGAUAUAUAGACAAUAGCUCCCAUCAGUUAA